ACAGAGAGAGAGAGAGAGAGAGAGAGAGAGAGAGUGAGAGAGAGAGAGGGAGAGAGGGAGUGUGAGGGGAGAGAACACAUCGCAGCAGAGAUGCAGCAGGAGGUUUUCCGAGAUUUCGGGGGCUGGUCAUGGUGUCCAGUGAGAAGGUGUGGGACCCCCUCCAAGCGGGCCUUAUUAAGCCACGUCUAAGUGAACAACGGCUGGCUCCUGGGCUACCUCCCUUCUGCAACCCCACACAUAGUGCAGCUAAGGACAACACAUUCUACAAAAGUCAGCGGUUGUCAUCCUUGUCUUCCCUGCCACUGUCAUUAGCGGCUCGAAACACCCUUCAACCACUUGGAGCCUCUUCACCGUUACAUCCACGUGUCAAUUUGUACAGCUCAAGCAAGAUUGAAGGACUACACAAACCUGUCCACCGACUUGGUGUUCCCUCUCACUCCAGAGAAGAGGAGGAGAAAGGGGAAGCUGAGCAGUUGGAGAUGAAGGGUAAAAGGCUGGGAGGCCGGGCAGAGGCCACAAUGGAGGACAGGCUGGAGGAUAUGGGUGAUGGACCUAAAAAUGCAAAAAUCACCCUUAGCUUCCCGCUAAGUGCAGCCCCCCUCCCAACCUCUCUGACGUCGCCAAACCACUGUCACAGCUCUGCUUCGUCCUCCCCUUCCCCCCACCGACGGCGACCGUCCUCCAAGAACUCGGACAAGGGGUCGCUGUGGAAACUGGAUGCUACCAUGGAUGUAAAGCAUAGACCUUUUAAGCCCCCCAGACACGACAGCUCUCCGUCCUCAUCACCUUCCUCCUCCUCAUCUCCUAUGACUGCUCACGCACUUAUUAGGAAGGAUAUAAAAUCUCCACCUCCACUGAAGUGCUCCAAACUCAAUUCAGAGACUCAGUUUCACAGGUCUCCCCCGAGAUCCUCUAGUGGGUCUUUAGGGGGCUGUUAUGGGGGAGAUGGAUGGGAUGAGAGGCACAGGGUGGCCAACGGUACAGCCUCACCCUCUCAAACGGCCCAGAUCCUCUUCAGUCUGGGCACGUCAGCCUUUCAGAGAGGUGGGGAUGCAGAGAGGAGAGAGAAAAUAACGGGACGACCAGCUGGGAAAGUGGGAAGCCCUCAUGGACCAAGCCUUCACCCACCCACCCUGCAUCUUCCUCCCCCCUUACCACCACCACCUCCUCCCCCUUCCGAGGGUCUGACUGCACCCCCUCACUCGUCAUCCUAUUCUCCUACUGACAGCCUGAAGCCCGAGCUGAUUUGCGGGGUGUGCCAUCGGCUUUUUAGCUCGGCUUCCUCCCUAACGGUCCACAUGCGGCUGCAUCGUGGCAGCCGCGCCCUCAGUUGCCGAUAUUGUGGCAAAGUCUUCAUCCACAGCAAGAGACUGCAAUCCCAUGAGGCCUCCUGCAGGGUGCCAGGGCUGCCCUCUAACAGCCUGCGCCCUCCUUCUCUCACUGUGCAGCCAAAGGAGGAGCCGCUGGAGGAGGGCGAAGUGAGAGUGGAGGGGGGAGUGAUUGUGGGAGAAACAGACAUCAGUAAGGCGCGGCCGGGGAAGAAAGCGCGGAGCCUCCUGGCGCGUAUCCAAGGUGAUGAUGCAGCAGGCGCAGAGCUACUGGCGGGUGAUGAGAACCAUUUUGUGAAGGUGGUAGAUGGCAAUGUCAUUUACUUCUGCUCUGUGUGUGAGCGCUCCUACAUGACUCUAUCCAGCCUGAAGCGUCACUCUAAUGUGCACUCAUGGCGCCGCAAAUAUCCAUGUCAUUAUUGCGACAAGGUCUUUGCCCUGGCUGAGUACCGCACAAAGCACGAGGUGUGGCACACAGGAGAGCGACGAUACCAGUGCAUCUUCUGCUGGGAUGCCUUUGCCACCUACUACAAUCUCAAAACACACCAGAAGACCAUUCAUGGGAUUAAUCCCAGCCUCAUCUCCAGUGAAAAGACAGCUAACGGAGGUUAUAAGCAGAAAGCCAAUGCCCUCAAGCUGUACCGCCUUCUUCCCAUGCGCUCCCAGAAGAGACCCUACAAGACCUACAGUGACAGUUUGCAUAAUGGCCUGUUAUUGCCACCAACUGAAACAUCUUCCCUCUCCCUGCCCGGCCUGGGCUGUGCUCUGGGCCCUGGGGACUUACAAAGCCUCAUUGGUGGGGCCCACCCUCAGAGUGUAAAGCCUGACCCAGAUGCCUUCCCUGACGGCUUCCCUGUUUCUGUGACUGCUGAGCACACGGACCUUUCUGCACUAACACCCCUCCCCCAGUCGGAUGUGCCCCAAGUUAGAAAACACGAGAGUGAGGCCCUAGAGUCAGAGCAGGGGAGAGGUAGUGGCAGCUUCAAAAUGUCUAAUGGCAGCAAAACCAAAACUCUCAAGACGAGUAGAAAUCCAGAAACGAGCAUGCCUUCUGUGAUAACAUAUGGCCAUACAAAACCCUCCGUCAUAGUUCAUGGAACAGCAAUGUCAUCCUCUGUCAUUGUGCAUAGCAACCAGGUCAUCCCUGGAAGUGAAAAAAGCCCAGUGAACAGCCCGCCCCCUGAAACCAGUAACAGUCAGACGUCACUGAAGGGCAGCCCUCGGCCUAUCAAAAAGCAAAGGGAUAGUAUAGAUAAUCAUCGAAAAAGAUCACGAGACAGUUCAGAUACCACAGAGGAGGGCUCAAGAAGCAGACAGGAUGCAGAGACAAGCAGAUUAUUUCACAAAUCACGCAAAUCCCACAGCAAGAAUGACAUCUCUAACACAAAGCAGCUCUCAGGAUCUGGAGGGUCACAGGUCAAAGAGGCAGGGCCACUGUGCCAGAUUACUGUACGCAUCGGCGAGGAGGCCAUAGUGAAGCGCAGCAUCUCUGAGACAGACCUUAGGAGAGACAAGAGCCUUUCUCCUCCCAAAACCAAACGGAGUGAAACGUCAUCUGUGCGGGACACCAAGGAACAACGCCACUCUCACUCCCACCACCAUCACCAUAAACACCGCCUCCAAAGUAGAGCAAGCCUGGAAGCUGAGGGGGAUAAGGAAGGAGAAAACUGUGAGGAGGAGGAGGAGGAGGAGGAGGAGGAGGUCAGAAAAAAGAGCUCUAAAUCCCCCGAUGAAGUUAGGGAGUACUACUUUCGUCGGGAGGUGCGUGAGCAGGACAGUGACCACGAUAUGGAGGAUAAUCUAUGGCGACCUUACUACUCCUACAAGCCUAAGAGAAAGGCCCAAGCACAUCUACAGAGGGUAAAGAGCUGGCAGAGGAAACUGAAAUAUAAGCGUUCCAUCCGGCUGAAGAGGAGGGCAGAGAGACUGAAGAACCCUGCGAAUAAAGAGACAGAGAAAUCACAGGACGAAGACGAGGAUAGGACAACUGAGGAGGCCGAACAACUGUCAAAAGCUAAGAGAAAUGAGGGAGAAGUGAAAAAGAAAGGUUAUCUCUCUGCCCCUUUAAAGGAGAAAAAUAAAGAUGCAGAACAGCAGGUUAAGGAGGCCCGUCAUGAGGUUUCCACCCCUCCUCUUAACUCUCCAAAGUCUCCUCUGUCUACCUCAGUGGCUCCUACAGGAAUAAAGAGGCGGCCUUGGACUAAUGGGAAUGCAGCAGAGUGUGGUACUUGUGGCCGCUGGUUCUCAAGCCCCAGGAAGCGAGACAAACACGAGCUGAGCCAUCUGCUGGAGUUUGUUUGCCUCCUCUGUCGAGCCACUUUUCCCUCAAGGGAUAAGUUGGAAGACCACCAGAGAGCCCAGCAUCCCAAGCCUACAGAGACACCUGCUGUGCCCCCUAAAGUUGGUGAACAAGUUGAAGUCAAAUCUGUGUCAGAGAUCGCAAAGUAUGAUGAAGAUAAGGGAGGACAAGCAGGCUUGGGAGGGAGCAAUUGUAGUCCGACUCGCCUCAGCAGAAGAGCAUUAUCACGGCACACCUGCCCACAGUGUCACAAGGUAUGCAAGACAUCAUCAGCACUAACUCGCCAUAUUCGACGCCACGAGUUAAGCAGUUCUCCAGAGAGAGAAAAGGAAGAUAAAGACUCCGAGCCAAAAACUUUAGAGACAGUUGUUAACACUCUCAGCACAGACCUAGAAACUGAAAAAGGACAGGUUCCCAGUGCUCUCUCUGUUUCAGUCAUUAGCUAUUCAACGCCAGAGCCGCCCAGUAGCGGUGAGUGUUUGGCAUCACAGCAGCAUGAAGACCAUCUCAGUGAACUCACAGAUGAACAUCAAAUGUCUGAAUCCGGUCACAAAGCCGAACUGAGAGAGCGCACGCUUUCAGCUCCAGACAGAGAGCACAGACCGCACAUUGCAAACCCUUCAUCAGAAAGCCCAAUUAACCUUACCCCCACUAAACACGAAUUCACGCCUGCCACGCCGUCUGCUCUCCAGAGUGUGCUAGUCAUGAAUGGGCCAGAAUGUCUCGACUACCGUACCCCCAGCAAAAAGAACUUAGACAGCCAAAUCCACAGAAUACCCAGUCCUCUGCACAUCGUGGCAUCCACCAACAGCUCUCCAAAUGUGUCCAUGACAUCACAGACCAGAAUAACCACUGCUGCUCCUCUUGUUUCCAUGACAACAACUCCCAGCUCUGAGGGGGGAUUUAUGAAACGGGAUGGGGUCAUUAUGGACAGAGAGAGGCAAGGUGGGAGUGGCAGAUUUAUACACGCAGGUUACAGGGAACCACCUCGGGUCCAAGAUCUGAGAGUCCAAUCCAUGUCCAGAAGUCCCUCUCCCAAUGAAGCACAAGACCUGACCAUGUCGUCUAUACUAGCUAGAGAGAGGGAAAUAGAGAGGCAGAGAGAGAAAGAGAGGGAGCUGGAGAGACAGAGAGAGCAGGAGAGGGAGAAAGAAAUUGCAAAAGAAAGAGAGAAAGAGCUAGAGAGGGCCCAGCAAAUCAGUAGAGUUCCUCACGCCCCAGAGGACCAGAUUGUGCUCUUGGUUCCUAAAGAGGAGCCCUUGAGCCCUGUACCGUCUCCCCAACAUAUCCCCACUCAAACCACUAUGAAUGGACCCUCUUCACACAGGCACACUCCCAAGUCCCCCUGCCGGUCCCCCUCAACUAUUGGACUGUUAGCUCAAGCCAACCGCCAGGUUCACUCCAGUCCACAAGGACUAGAAAGGCUCACGCUGCCCACUGGAGCAGCUGGUGCCGGCGACCGCCCCUCUGCCCACGCUCUGCUUCUGCCCCGAGCCCCACAGCCACCUGAGCCAGAGCACCAGGACAAUGUUUCUUCCAGAGAUUCCCAGCCAGGGGAUGCCACUCCAGUGGGCUACUCUUCCCAGGAUUACCCUCUACCCCUUAUUGUGCCGGACACCUAUCGCUCUGGUAAGAAGCAGGAGGAAAACCUGCUCAUGUCCUCCUAUCCCCCUGGAGCUCUUCCCUUUGGCCCACUGGGAAAAGUGAUGGUCCCUAAUGGCGGGGAUCUGGCCAAGCUGCCGUUCUAUUCGGAUCCUUACCAGCUGUUCUAUGGGCCCCAGCUCCUGGCCUACCCCUAUAACUUGGCAGCACUUCCUGUGGCUCUGAAUAUGAUGGCACCUGGGGGAGACAAGGUGGAGCCUCUGCCGUUCCUCCCUGCUAUCUUCAACUACGCAGCUACUGCUGGGCCCUACAUGGGUGCAGCCCCUCACCCCCUUGUGGCAAAUCCCAGCCUUUACAGCAGCAGCAGCGGCAGCAGCAAAAAGCAACGAGACAGCAGCAGCAGCAAACCAUAGAACACCGAACACUACAAGGAAUAUAUUUCAAAGGGGACAGCCUCAUCUGUUUAGGCUGGGAGUGGGAGGGGUGCGUGCUCACUGGGUCACUGAGUACUCUUGCACAGUACACCUGCCUCUCUUUUAUUCAAUACAGAUCAGAGCUAGGCAUUAAAGGAGUAGGUGUGAAGGGAGGAGAAGGAGCAAAGAAACAGGGAGGAGAGGCUGAUAUUAUUGUGACGUAUCAUCACUCCCCUAUCUUUACUCCUGCUCACCUUCCUCUGUGUCUCUCCUGUCUGCCUGUAGUGUGUUGUAGUUCUAGAGCUUGAUUAAUCUUCCUCUUUGACUCAUUAUAUUAUCUAUAAUAUAAGAAUAAGAACUGCUAACAGGGUGUGUGUUAUGUGAAAAAUUAGUUCAGUCUACUUCCCUUUAUAGUCACCGCAUAACGAGGAUAAACGCUCUUCAGGGAAGGCAUGUGUGGGAAAGGAUAAGGGAUGAGACAGAGGAGUCCAUACGCGACACGUUCGGAGCAUUAAGCAACUCAAACCUUGUGUAUUUUUGUAUGAACGAGUGAGAACACAGGAGAAGCCUGUUGUUAAACUGUCCAUGAAAGUUAUAUAUGAGCAUGUACAUGCACAUGUAUGUACGGAUUUGUGCAUGCAGAGUUGGGCUUAAGCAGGUAUUACUGCAUAUGUGUGAAAGUGUGUGUGUCACUGUGUGUGUGUGCGAGAGCGAUGGAAUAUGAAUGACUAGAUCAUUCCGUGCGUAUGAGGCGCACACAGCAUUCCUACUCUAUUUGGAAUCGCUACUGUAGGUCAAUGUGUAGAAGUGCAUUUAGAAGUGAUUCAUCAUAUCCAAAUCAUUAAGAAGUUAAGCUAUGGCUGGAUGUUAGUGUAUGACAAUGACAGAUCAUCUGAGCUUCGAAAGUCUCAACAAGCCUUGUGAAUUUGCGGCCAGAUGACGCUGUAGGAUCUGUAACCUGUAUAGCAUUCACCAUAGUUUAUACCUUAUGUGCACAAAAUAGAAAAGUAGUGGUCACUUAAAGGGGACACUUGUAGCUGCUUCGGAAAUGUAGCUGGCCACUGGGUAAGAAUUCAAGGCUGGUAGACCAUUGCACUUCCGUUUUUCAUCUCAAUUCCUUCACGUUACAAAAAAAAAAAAAAAAAAAGAGAAAAAAAAGGAAAAGAAUAAAAAACCAGUCAGCCUUCAUCUUGUGUAGCUUUUUCCUCUUUGAGUGGAAGACGAAAAGGCUCUAUUUCCUAAGCCAAGAAGAAGAAAGCAACAGCAAAGAAGGAAAAAAGAAAAAUGGAUUCAGGGUAUUGUGUUAUUUCUGGAUAGGAAAGAGAAAUAUAUGGGCACAAAACUGUUGGACUCUGAAUCAGAGGGGCCCCCACAGAAAUGACGCCGGGGCCUAAAAAUGUUGUCCUGCUCCACAACUGAGAGGGAAAUUGGAAAAAGUGUGAACUAUUUCCCUUCCUGCCCUGUGUCAUUUACCAAGAGGUUAGGAGAAAGGCUGAGCUUAGCAGCCAAAGCGGUGGCCGAAACUCUCCAGUCGCCCUCCUGGGGGGGCUUUUUUUUUUUUUUUUUUUUUUUUUGUUAUGUGUAAUGUUAUCUCUAUAUGUUUGUUCUGUUUAAACUAUGUUGUUGUUUAUGUUGUUUAGCCCUCUUACCAGAUGGAAGUGGCUUCAGUGAAAAAGAGGGAGUAAACUUAAAAAUAUGAAUGUAAAUUUAGUCAUGAGGUUAAUGAAGUACAGCUGCAUUAAUGAUAGAGUUGGUUUCAGUUCCUUUUUUUUUUUUUUUUUUUUCUGUUUUGACACAAAUAACCUGUUAAAGAACCGUAUAACGUCUGGUAUGCAUAUAUACAGUAGUCCUAGGACCACGUCAGUAAACUUGGGUUCUGUAUCCACAAACGCAUGAGCAACACUUGCUUCCUAACCGUUUAUAUCCUCAGCAGAUCUGGCAUUGUGCACACAGCUUUUGUUUCUUUUUUUUUUUAAUUUCAUUUUCUGGCUUUUUAAUCUCCUAUGUCUCUGUUAAUACUUUUUUUUUUUUUUUUUAAAUGACUAUCUUGGAAAAAAAUCCAUUUUUUUUUUUGCUGUCACAUUUACACCUCACAGUCACUAUCUCGGAGCUGUUUAAUUCUCCCUCUCUCUCCCCCUCAAGCAUACACUCGCUCGCUGCAGCUCUCCCGAACGAGACGCAUACCUUUCAUUGUGUGUGCAUGCGUGUGAUGGUACCGGGGCCGCCUUUUCGGUUUAGGCAGGAGUGUUAAAACACAAGUGUGACCGACUGCAGGGGGGGUGCACAGGCGUCCCCUUGGGUGUGGUUACAAGCCUUUUUUAUUUUCUUUUUUUUGUGUGUGUGUGUGUUUGGUGUUUCGUGUAUGAGAGUUGAGCGACUGUGUGAAUAAGAAAACCAAAAUAAAUCUGCCUAAGCAGCAUAUCCCUUGGCAGUAUAUGGGCCACCUGUAUUUUUUUUUUUGUUUGUUUUUUUGUUUUUGACACUUUUCUGUGGGUUAGUUUCAGUGUAAUAAAGCCUUGCUGUCUCCAAUACACUAUCUCAAGCCAUUCCUUGUAGAUGGACAUGUUUGUGUUUUUGGACCAUUUCUUAUGCCAUAGUUUGCCAUCAUGGUUAUCAUACAGACCAAAAGCAUGCAAAAUCGACGUAUUGUAGUGACUGGACUGGAAUCUGGUGGUAAUAUACAACUAUUUACUGUAUGUUUUAGUUUAAAUGAAUGUGCCUCUGCUUUGAUAUUUAAAUAAUUAUCUAUAGUAAGAUGUGGAUCUGCCAGAUUUCAACUGUUAAGAUGCCUUGUUAUGGCAUAAGAAAUUUGAAUAGUAAACAUUUUUCUUGAGAAACGACAUUUAUGAUUUGGAGAUAGAUUUCAUGGCUUUGUUUGCUAUGAAGCUGUUCAUAGACGUAGGAGUGUGGCUAAACUGUUUUGGUAUCGUGUACAUGUCUAGGGUAAUACUGUGCCAUAUAGAGCCCACAAAAAUAUGUUAAUGUUAUUUUUAAAAGAUGUUUUAAUGUUGCCUGAUGACUUUGUCUUUAGAUUUGAUACAAAGGCUUGUAGCCACAGCUCUCCCAAAGUCUGUAGUCUCCUUUCCCAACAUCCUUCUUGUCUCUCUCUCUCUCUUUCUCUCUCUCUCUCUCUCUCUCUCUCCCCCCUCGUUUCCGUCUCCCUUUCUUUCUCUUUGCUGCAAUCAAACAAAAUAAAGUAUUAACCUGAUGACCCAAUGAAAUCA